AAAACUUGUGACAGUGACACCCCUAGAGAGAGACAUACUUUCUCUCUCUACAAAAUAUUUUCUCUCUCUAGAAUUUUCUUCUCAUUUUAUAUAUCAAAACCAAAAAUUAAAUUAAAAAAAUCAGCGGUUUUUAAGCAUUUUUUCCUUUGCUUCUUCUCUGAUGUGUUUUUGUGUUAGUUAUUAGUGGUUGCUAUUAUUUCUCUCCUCAAAUAAUCAAAACUCACCUACAUACAAACACUCUCUCUCAAUCUGAUUUUCAAUCUCUCUCUAAUUAAUACAAAAAUCUGAUUAUCACCCAGUUUUUAACUUCUAAUUGGGUUCCUAAUUAUGUUAUCUUCAUGCCCAGCAUUGAAUUCUGGUUCUUGGGUUUGUUUUGCUUGAUCUGGUUAAAUUGGGGUUGGAGAAGAACAAUUGUAAAAGAAAAUUAAGUGGGUUCUGUUAAUUUAGUGUAUUGAAGAGGAUUUGAUUUUGAAGGUGUGUUCUUUUUUAUUCUAUAGAUCUUCUUUUAUAGAUCUGUUUUUUUUUUUUAAAUUUAUAUACCCUUUUGAAACCCUUUUGUUAUUGUAAUUAUUAUUUGUUGGGUGAAUUAAAAAUGGGAAAUUGGGAGUGAAGAUUCUUCUUAUCCACUGAAAAAGAAGAGGGCCAGAAAAAAAAGUGUGUUUUAAUACUUGUGUAAGUGUAAAGCUAUUAUUUUUUUUGCUUAUUGGUGCAUGAUUUAAAGCUACAGUUUGAUUCUCAAGCGGUGAUUUUAAAAGGGUAUAUUACUAUUUGGUUAUAAUGUCUGAUGCCUUUAUAGUGAAUGAGUUGGAUCAUUAGGCUGUGGAUUCAUAAGGGUUUUCUGGCCUGCUAAUCUGAUUCAUGUUCUAGAGCUUGAUGAAGGAUACUCCCCAAUCAGUUCUUACGGAUUCCUCUUCAGAAAAUAGCGGGUCCUUUUGCCCGGCUGGUCUGGAGUGCAUAUUGAAUAUUAUCAGGGCCCUCAGGAUGGGGUCCUGCUUAUCGGCUGAAAGCAGGAGCCCUCGCCCUGGUACACCUUCCUCUCCUGGUUUUGGUGCCAGGAAGAGGAAGAACUCUAAGAAGAGACCAGGGUCAAGGAAUUCUUCGUUUGAUUAUCGGAGGGAAGAACCGCUUCAUCGGAUUCCUGGGAGGUUGUUCUUGAAUGGUUCCAGUGAAAUUGCUUCACUUUUUACCCAACAAGGCAAGAAAGGGACCAAUCAGGAUGCAAUGGUUGUUUGGGAGAAUUUUGGGCCAAGGUCAGAUUCAGUAUUUUGCGGAGUGUUUGAUGGACAUGGUCCUUAUGGUCAUAUGGUUGCCAAAAAAGUGAGAGAUCAUCUUCCUCUGAAACUUAGUGCUCACUUGGAAGUGAAUCUAACCAGCGAGGAUGUUCUCAAAGAGAUUAGCCUUAAUACUGCAGGAAGCAUGAACUCCGAAGACAUUUCCUUUGUAUCUGCUGAUGAAGAAUCUAGGGCUUCUGUUGAUCUUGAUGAAAGUUUAAAACAUCCAGAGAUGUUUCAGAUAAUGAAAGAGUCGUUUCUCAAGGCCUUUAAAGUCAUGGACAGGGAACUCAGAAUGCAUACAAAUAUUGAUUGUUUUUGCAGUGGGACAACAGCGGUUACACUGAUCAAGCAGGGUCAGAAUCUUGUCGUAGGUAAUGUUGGGGACUCCAGAGCAAUAUUAGGUACAAGAGACAAGGAUGAUUCUUUAGUGGCGGUUCAGUUGACUGUUGAUCUGAAACCAAAUCUUCCAGCGGAAGCAGAAAGAAUUCGGAAGUGUAAAGGGCGUGUUUUUGCUCUUCAUGAUGAACCUGAGGUAUCUAGAGUAUGGUUACCAAACAAUGACUCUCCUGGCUUAGCCAUGGCACGGGCUUUUGGAGAUUUCUGCCUGAAGGAUUAUGGCCUUAUCUCCGUACCUGACAUAUCCUUUCGGCGCCUCAGUGAGAAGGAUGUAUUUUUAGUCUUGGCUACUGAUGGGAUAUGGGAUGUUCUGUCAAAUAAAGAGGUGGUAGACAUAGUAGCAUCAGUCCCAGCUCAUUCCUCUGCAGCAAGAGCUGUGGUUGAGACAGCGGUUAGAGCCUGGAGAUACAAGUAUCCAACCUCAAAAGUUGAUGACUGUGCAGUGGUUUGCCUCUUCCUCGACUCUAACAGUGUAUCUACUGCUUCCAAUGCCAAUACCAAAGAGAAGCCUGCUCCAGAGGAUCAAGCUGACAUUGCCGGUCAGAAAGAGGAUGACUUGGAUGGUCCAACUGGAUUGGUUCGUUCAGGCACUGUACGGACUGGAAAAGAGGUUCAUUCUGAUGGAAAUGCAGAAGAAGAUAACUCAAAGCAAGAUGAAAUGCACGCGGAAUACGGGAUAGAGUGGUCUGCUCUCGAAGGAGUCUCCCGCGUCAACACCUUACUAAAUUUGCCGAGGUUUGUGCCCGGAAAGGAAGAUAAGAAGUCAGCUGGAGGGACAAAAGCUCGGAAAUGAACGGAAAGGACAGGUUUUGCUAGUCUUGAAUUUUGUGGUUAAAUUUAUAUUCUUUCUUUUUCCUUAUUUCUGCAUGCUUUAAUUGUUUUUUGACAGAAAGGGGAAAAAAAUGUCGUAGGGGCCAUUUAAAUUAAAAAUGUUAAAUUUGGACGGGAGAGGUGGGCCCGGCUAUAUUAGUGUGUCUGGGGAAUAGUCCUUUCUCUCUCUAGUGUGGGUAGAAUUGGAAUUUUGUAAAAUCCAACUCUCCGUCUAUUUUUGUGAUUUACUUUUUGAUGAAA